ACGAAUAAAAAACCUGCUAAAAAGAAAAGAAUAAAUCGAGUUGGUACCGACCAUAGUGAGAAUCGAUUAGAGAAAAGGGAAAAUUUCCCGGUGAUUACCAGAGACUGUCCUCUCAGUUCAAACAUCAAUGUCACUCUUAAAUCAACUUUUCAACAGAGGCGUUUUUGGUGCUAAAUGCAAAACAUGCUUGACCUUGGCAAUCUCACGCAUCAAAUUGCUGCAAAAUAAAAGAGAUUUGCAGCUCAAACAGAUGCGCAAGGAAAUUGCGCAAUUUUUGCAGGCUGGCCAAGAAGCAAUAGCUCGAAUUCGGGUGGAGCAUGUGAUUAGAGAACAAAACAUAUGGGCUGCUUAUGAGAUAUUGGAGCUGUUCUGUGAGUUUGUUCUUGCACGUGUUCCAAUUCUUGAUAGUCAGAAGGAAUGUCCAGCUGAAUUGCAAGAGGCUAUUGCGAGCAUAAUUUUUUCUGCUCCAAGAUGUUCAGAAGUGCCAGAUUUAUUGCAGAUCAAGAAUUUGUUUUCUGCAAAAUAUGGGAAGGAAUUUGUCAUGGCUGCUUCUGAGCUCCGUCCUGACUCUAGUGUCAACCGUGCAAUCAUUGAAAAGCUUUCAGUUAGUGCUCCAUCAGCAGAGAUAAGGCUUAAGGUUUUGAAGGAAAUUGCGCAAGAAUAUAACUUGGAGUGGGAUUCUUCCAACACAGAAGCUGAGCUUGGUAAAAAGCAUGCAGAUCUGCUGGCUGGAUCAAAGCAAAUCGUAGCUGAAGCUGCACUUUCUCAAUCUCCCAUGAAACUGAGUUCUCCUAAACCUUCAUCUUCCCAUGGGGCAAGCCCUAUUGCGAAUACAGAUAGCAAGCAAGGAUCUCUUUAUCUUCAGCCUCCUAGCCCCAUGAGUAACAUGCUGGUGGUGGAUGCUAAUGAAAUUGAACCAACAUUCAGAAACCAUUCUGCAGUCUCGGUUACUGAUGCUAAAAGACAGACAACAUCACCGUCUUCGGAUGUCUUGGAGAGAGCUCGAGCAGCCAUUGCCUCAGCAGAGCGAGCAACUGCAGCUGCACGUGCUGCUGCCAAACUAGUAAAUGUUGAAUUUGGUUCAUUGAAGCUAGAAGGGAAGUCAUCAUAAUGCUUGGAUGAUCUUCAACCACGGUUCUUGUGAUUGUAGUCUGAUGCUACUCAAGAUCACAGAGAGGCAAGCAGAAUUGAAACCAAAGGAACGAUUAUGUACAUUACAUGAAAAAUUGUGGGGUGAAAAUUGUAAAUGCAUCAAGAAGAAUAACCCUGCGUUGUAUCUAUUCUGGUUUUGACUGCAAUUAUUUUCUUAUGGUUAAGAAUUGAAAAUAUCAGUUCUCUGCAAUAAAUUCGAGUUUUCUUCCUUGAAA